AUGGGUGUUCCAGAUUUUCUCAAGUUUGUCGCACGCUCCUCUCCGAGAGCGUUGUGCCGUGUACCACACAGCGGCUCAAAGUCUAGCCUACUGAGGUUCGAUUACAUUCUCAUUGAUGCAACAAACGUAGACCAGACGAUUGGCAUUGAUGCGCUUCUAGAAUUUCUCAAACUCCCCUCCAUCACCGUACGAAAGGCUGUUAUCUUCGCGUUAGAUUCCCAACGGAGCAGAGAGGGGACGAUGCGACACCAUCGGCAGUCGCACACGAUGAUUGGUGAUCUGGAUGUUCGUGUACAGCGCAUGUGUGUUAGUCUAACUGAGCACUACCGGCUUCAGCUUCAGGGUGAAACAGACGGAAGCAGAUACGGCUCCGCUCCGAUGGUGUUGGUAAGUGGUCGAAACGUAGCUGGUGAAGCUGACUACAAGAUCAUGGAUCUUCAUCGCACGAUUACUACCGCUCAUUUGCUAGUUCAGGAGGGCAACCUGCCAAGCUUUCUUUUUAUUUCGGAGGAUUCGGAUAUUCUCUGCAGUGCACUGUGCGGUCCUGCGCCCCAAACCAUCAGCAUCGCCACAAAUUUACGCAGCACUACAUUUGAUUUAUGCAUACUGCGAGUGGAACAUGUCCUGGAGUACGUCGCGGACUGCGUAGAGGCAUUAAAAUCGGAAAAUGAUGCGGCAACAGGCGCAACGAGCAGCGUUACCCUUGAGCAGUCCUCAUGCGCUCCACCAAUCAAGACAAUCGGGGCGAAUGCCCCGGAUAUUCCCUCAGGGCGCCAAUACGGGGACGAGAAGCCACGCGACGGCGAGGAUGACGUUCCACGAAGGCGGAGGAAAGAUGGCCCCAACGUCGCCACCGGGGUUCGGAUUGAGCUGACUGAAAGCAGCGCGGACGACGAGGACGAGGAUGCGGGGGGCGGCACGUCGACGGCUCCCUUGGAGUCCGCGACAGCAGCACCGGCGCCGCAGCGUGAAGACGCCACGGCGUCUCUGGUUGAUUCCCGCCGCGGUGUUUCGCUCAACCAAUUUUGUAAAGAAGCCGGUCAUAUUGUGGGGACCACCUGUGUGGAUCUCGUUUUCUUGUUUGUUCUAAUCAUGGGUAACGGGGCCAACGUUCCACCUCUAGGGCGGGGCGUGACUAAGGUCGACAUCGCCUCCUGCUGGCAGGCCUAUUGCCACAGAAAGUACCUUGGUGCGACUGCAGAUGAGAAGGUAAUGGGCCGUACACUGCUUGACUACGGUAGCUCAACUGCCGAGCCGUCUGUGUCGUCCAUGAGGGAUACCCCCAACGAAUCCCAGCACUUGGUCUCACUGUCUCUGGAUUGCAGUUAUUUGUAUUCCAUUCUAAGGUCCGUGCAUUAUGCCGAUGAUCAGUCCCGCGCACCAGUCGAAGAGGAGAAGGAUGCUGCCCGUGAGUUUUUAUCCAACGCGGUCUAUGUAACCCUUCGCUACCUUAUUGGAUGUAAUCUCGAAGGGGGGGCCACGCUCACGGAGACCUUCCUAGAUUCUCGACCACUCCUUGAGGUGGAGACGAGAGCGCCAAAUUUAGCGGCCGUGCUGUGGCUGCUUGGGCAGCAGCAGCGGUUGUCUUUUCGGUUCUUACUGAGUGGCUCGGGUCUGAAAAAUCUCAAUACAGACCCCGCUCUCGAUGGUCAUCUCCCGGUGGGGGCGGUUCAUACGGACAGAAAGACUACAAACACGCCCUCAUCUCUUCAGCUUGAUGUGCGGGAGGCUUUAGUUUCUCCAACGCCCGCAUUCUCUUGGGCAGUGAGAGGAGCGGGCAGCCGCAACUAUUUCCUGAAGGUGGUAACGUCCAGCAGGAACGAUCCUAUUUUGUUUUCCUCUGUACCUUCUCCAGAUGGUUGUGGUAUAUCGGUCUCUUCUUUAGUGCGUCAGUAUGCCACCCAUCGCGCCGACGCGGUAGCGGCAACGGACAGUAAAAAAGAUAUUCGCAUACCUAUAUUCAAUGCUCUUAUUGCGACAUGGAGGCGUAGCGUAAUGAUAGGCAUCCCACACCUCCAAAAGCUUUCCAGUGUAUCAACUCUCACAGUUUCGGAUUCCCCAGCAAAGCAUGUCGAGCCAACACAUAGCGACCCCUUGCUUGGGGUUUCCAUGACGAACACUGUCGCUCAAAUUCACGAGCAAACAAACCACGGCAAGAGUAGUGAUACCCAGGCUGCGGAGGGAGAAGAUUUAGUAUACAGUUUUGAGCUUCGCCGCAUGGUGCCCGUUCUGUGCAGCACGUCUGGUCAGAGUAAUCAGUUAGGGAAGGGUGUCAAGGGUUUUAACUCGUCCGAGAAGGAAGCGGCCUUACGCUCGGUACUUGGAAUUUCAUUGGACUAUACACGCCAGGACUUGGCGACGUCGGAUCCAAAAUCUGAGCCCACACUUCCUCGGACCACUAGGGGUAGGGACAACAAAGAUCAUGCUGAGCGCACUCGUGUUCGUAAAAUUCCAAGAAAAGAGAAAAACACAAAGGACAUGACUGCAUCAAGGCCUAAAACUCAUAAAGUUCAGCAGAAAGAGUUAGCAACUUCUGCUUCACAUCCUGUUAAGAAGAUGCGGCCUGGCAGAAAGGAGCGAAGGAAAAUGGCUCAGAAGCGUCAAGUUGCAAAUACUGAAAAAUAA